CGCGUUUCCGCCUUCUCCUCCCCUUCCACCUCCGAUGGCCACAACGGCGACAACGAUGGCGCCGGUGACGGCGCCGGUGGCCACAGCCAACCUCGAACCUACACCAACACCUCUGCAUCCACGUCCUGCCGCGCCACCUCAUCUCCGGGCGCUUUCCACCUUGGCCCCCGUCAAGUCAGAGGCUCCUCCCACCCCCUCGUCUUCUACCGCCAUCACCGCCGCAGCCGGAGCGGAGGAUCCAUCCUACAUCAUCACCGUCCCUAGUUAUUCAGCGUGGUUCUCGUUCGACUCCAUCCACGACACGGAGCGCCGCCUCCUGCCGGAGUUCUUCGUGGGGGAGGCCGCCGCGGCGUCAGGGUGCCGGGGCCCGCACGCGUACAAGUACUACCGCGACUCCCUGAUACGGAGGUUCCGGGCGCGGCCGGGUCGACGGCUCACGCUCACGGAGGCUCGGAGGGGCCUUGUUGGCGACGUCGGCUCAGUCCGCCGCGUCUUCGAUUUCCUUGAGGAAUGGGGGCUUAUCAACUACGGUGCUUUGCCAUCGGGGUCAAAGCAAGCUAAAGAGAAGAGGGAAGAGGCUGCACAACAGUCCUCGUUGCCUUUUGGGGCAAUUGCACCCAGGAAGCUCUGUACCGGUUGCCGCACCGUGUGUGGGCUUGCUUACUACGCCUGCGACAAGGCAGAUAUAAGUCUUUGUGCUAGAUGCUAUGUAAAUAAUAACUACCGGCCGGGCCUGUCUCCUGCUAACUUCAAGAGAGUUGAAAUUACUGAAGAUGCAAAACCAGAUUGGACAGACAAAGAAACUCUUCACUUGCUUGAGGCUGUCUUGCAUUAUGGGGAAGACUGGAAAAAGGUGUCUGAACAUGUUAGUAGUCGGUCAGAAAAAGAUUGUAUUGCAAGAUUUAUAAGGCUACCUUUUGGAGAACAGUUCAUGGGACACAAGGAGGAUAGAAUGAGGUUUGAGAAUACUGAUGACAAUACUGAUGAGCCUGGAGCAAAUGUCUCAAAACGACUACGUCUCACUCCACUAGCAGAUGCAAGCAAUCCGAUUAUGGCUCAGGUUGCAUUUUUAUCAGCCAUUGUGGGUUCCGAUGUUGCCUCAGCUGCAGCGCAAGCAGCUAUUUCUGCCCAAUCCCGUGUUGACCUUAAUGACGGCGAGAUUGAAACUUCAAUAAAUAGCAUUAAGCAAGAAGAAUCAUCUCACACAAAUGGGCUCUCAGCCAACGUGUUACUGAAAGAGGCAGCUGCUAAUGCACGGGCACAACUCGAGAAGGAAAGGAACAGCAUAGAGCAAUCUUUAUCAAACAUAGUAGACGUCCAGAUGAAGGAAAUCCAAGAUAAAAUAUGCCGGUUUGAGCAGAAGGAGAUGCUGAUGGAGAAAGAGCGGCAGCAGCUCCAUUUUCUAAGGGAUCUACUUUUCACAGACCAAUUGGCAGUCAUGCAGCAUCAACAAAGGAGUCCAGCUGUAGCCACAGAGUGCAAGGGUGAUGAGAAGCCAAAGCCCGUGGCUAGCAUGAGUUGAUACGAGUAGAUCCUCAGCGUAGCAUGGUUUCACUUCAGAUGUAGCAUUGGAGCCGCGUUCAUCCGCAUCUGCCGUUGGUAGGAUUGGAACUAAUUUAAUAUACUACAUAUAGGCCCUGGUUCUCUAUUGGAUGGUGUUUCUGUUAAAUUUGGCGUCCCCUUUCCCUUCUUGCACCACAGAUGCCUGGAGUGCAAGGGAAGUUAUGAUGACGACUACCGAUUACCACAUGCUUCACUGCUUGUGCGCUAACACGUUGAUAUCUUUGCCAGUGGCGCAACAAUCGUGUAUUUCUUGACCAAAACAUCCACGCAAAGCUCCGGUAGAUUCGAUGGUGACUAGCAAGGAAAUACAUACUCUCUGUUAAUUU